CUUCUACUUGUUUUCAAAUAUAUAUAUAUAUAUAUUGUCUCUUUGGGUUGCAUUUAAGGACGAGUCAAAUACUACUGCAUGCGUACAGCAGCUUAAUAUCUCUUCAAAUUUCUAGCUAGCUUAUGUGUGUACAUAAAAGAGGGAAAUAACGGCAGGAUUAUUAGAUCAUAUGUACCACCAGACACAGCUUACCAAGAAAAGCAUAUAUGGUUUGACUAAUAAGAAAGAAAGAAAAAAGAGAGACGAGAAGAAACAAAGACAGAUAUCGAUCAUAUCUAUGGAGGAGGCUCCAUUGAAGACAAGAUGUUUCUCUUCUUCUUCUGCUGCUGCUGCUGCUGCUCCUGAUGAUGAUGAUGAGAUGGUGAAACAAGAAGACGAAGAAGAAGAUCGAACCCGCAAUCCAUCACCUGAUGAUGAUGCUUCUGUAUCUCCUUCUCAUCCUCCACAGGGAGCCAGUGGCAGCAAUAAGGAGAGAUCCAGUAGUAGCGCCAUGGAUGCAGCAGCAGCAGCAGAUUCUUCAAAACCAUCUGCUGCAACCCUUAAGAAACAGAAAGCAGCAGAACUAGAGGCAACAAGAGCCGAAAUGGCAGAAGUGAUGGAGGAGAACCGAAGGCUGAAGCUCUACUUGGAACAGAUAAUGAAGGAGUACAGAUCGCUGCAGACGAGAUUCCACGAGAUCAUGAAUAAUAAUCAACAAGACAAUCCUUCGCAGCAGCAGUACUCCAAGGGUGACAAUGAAGAAGACGACGACGACGAGGAGCACGACCUCGUCUCCCUCAGCCUGGGAAGAUCUCCGAGCCGCGAGCUGAAAAGGACCAGCAGCGCCAACGUGGACGUCGUCAAGCUGGAGUCGUGCCUCUCUCUCACGCUGGACUACUGCAGGUUCCAAGAGCAGCCAAAGCCUGCUGUGAUGGGAAAGGAAGAAUUGGGUGCAGCUGGCGGCGGAGAGGCGGCUCGUGAUGGCUCGCCUGCGAAAGCUGGCGAUGGUAAUAGUAAUAAGACGGCGAGGAGUACUGGGGACGAACAAGGUUCGCAGCAGCAGAAUCCGGCGAAGAAAGCUCGAGUCUCCGUCAGGGCUAGAUGCGAUACCCCUACGAUGAAUGAUGGCUGCCAAUGGAGGAAAUACGGCCAGAAGAUAGCCAAAGGGAACCCAUGCCCUAGAGCUUACUACCGUUGCACCGUCGGACCCUCUUGCCCUGUCAGGAAGCAGGUCCAAAGAUGUGCAGACGACAUGUCCAUUCUCAUCACAACCUACGAAGGUAACCACAACCACCCACUCCCAAUGUCCGCCACAACCAUGGCCUCCACCACCUCCGCCGCCGCCUCCAUGCUCCUCUCCGGCUCCUCCUCCUCCUCAUCCACCGCCGCCGUCCCCGGAAACCUCCACGGGCUCAACAUGUACGUCUCCGACAACAACAUGAACUCAAUAUCAUCAAGACCACCCUUCUACUUCAGUAACAACAAUAACAACUACACCACCAACAACAACUCAACAUAUUCCCCAUCACCAUCCUACCCUACAAUAACCCUCGACCUCACCUCCACCACCAACAACAACAACAUCUUGAACACGUCAUCAUCACAACCUCACUCCUCGUCGUCUCACUCAAACUACGCCAGAUUCUCCUCCAGAUUCGGCCCCGCCAGCAGCCUCAACUUCGGCUCAGAGCCCGCCACGUGGGGGUUGAACAACGGCGCUGGAAUACUCAACUACGGCAUCGGCCACGUAGGCCGGAGUGGUAAUGGGCCGCUGAGUGGAGCCCAUUACCGGAUGUCCGGCCCAGCGGCAGGCCCAAGUAGCUCUUCUCCUCGUCAUAAUCAGUCCGUGUUGGCGGAUAGCACGAUGGUGGCCGCCGCGACCAAGGCGAUCACCGCCGACCCCAGUUUCCAGUCGGCCCUCGCCGCAGCCCUCACUUCCAUCAUCGGUAAGAACAAUAAUAGUAGUAGUAGUAGUAAGGUCGUGACGUCGUCGUCACGGGGAGGUGGAGAUCAGCCGAGCUACUUGAUGAACGUGAAAGCUAGUGGUGAUGCUAAUACGGCGCCGUCUUCGGCGACGUCGCUGUCGAGAACGGGUUCGUUGUCUCAUCACGGUCAGUCGGCGGCGGGGAGCGGCCUCGUGUUUCAGGCUCCUUCUUCUUCUUCGUCUUCAUCUUCGCCGCAUUCUUAUUCUAUGCCGGCGUUUACAGCGGCGGCGAGGGACGCAUCCACUUCUCCGAGUGACGACAACUAAGUGAUUAGUUAAUUUGUAAUGAGUUUGGACGAUUGAGGGAACUUUUGUUUUAACCUGAUGCGAUUAAUUGUUUGUUAAGAUGUUUUUAUUAUAAGUGACUCUCCGUGAUGUGGAGGUAAUUCAAAUUAUUAUUGCCUGCAUUGAGUAUAGAUGUAUUAUUAAGUACUAUGUAAAUCAAGAUUUUUUUCAUCU